AGCAAUACUGAUUGACCAUGAUUUGUUUCUGCAGCUCUGCAACUACACCAAGUCACCAACUGCUCUUAGUCUUCUUAGUAUACACAACAAAACAGACACACAAAAGCCUAUGUCAACCAUGUCCUUUUAAUACAUAUUCAGAUUUUCAUAUUGAGCAGGUACAUAGUAUAUAUCCUGGCAUGUCAUAUACAGAAGCUGAUGUGAAUACCAGCUGAUAUAACCAACAUUUUGACAGGAAGCAUUUAAGUAGGGAUCGACAAGUAUGGGGAGAGGGAAAAUAGUGAUAAAGAAGAUUGAUGAUUCGACGAGCAGGCAAGUAACGUUUUCCAAGAGACGAAAGGGUUUGUUAAAGAAGGCCAAAGAGCUGUCCAUUCUCUGUGAUGCUGAUGUUGGUGUCAUCAUCUUUUCCAACACCAGCAAGCUUUAUGAUUUCUCUAGCACCAGCAUGAAGUUGGUGAUCGAUAAGUACAAUAAAGCAAAGGCUGAACAUUACCAGUCAGAUAACCAAGUCACUGAGGCCAAGUUAUGGGAAAGGGAGACAACAGUGCUAAGACGACAAGUACAGGACUUGCAAGGGAGUCACAGACAACUGAUGGGUGAGGAGCUUUCUGGUUUGAACACUAAAGAUUUGCAAAACUUGGAGACUCAGCUUGAAAUGAGCCUUCAUUGUGUCCGCAUGAGGAAGGAUCAAAUUUUUACGGAUGAAAUAGACGAACUCAAUGUUAAGGUAGAUCAGAUGCAUCAAGAAAACAUCAACUUAAAUAAGAAGGUCAACGAUAAAAAAGAUGCAGAUGGAACAAACAGAAAUGGUGAAAGUUCCAAAAAUCAAAUUGAUGCGCAUGCACAUAUUCGUCUCCAGCUCUGCCAGCCACAAUAAUGCUACUCUGAACUGCUCAAACUAUAAAAUCAGCUUACCUUUCUAUCCGCUACAUUUUACUAUACCAAUAUAAACUAGUUAGCAUCUUAAUGUCACGUUUGUUUGCAAACUUUAGAAAGUAGAAUAAUGCUGCAUUCAAUGGCUGCCAAUGUAUAAACCAGGAAAGAUAUCACUGUGAUAUCCAAGACUUGGUAGAUGAACAAGACCUCGUUUUUAACUAAAUAAUGAGAUUGAUGCUGACAAAGUAAAUUCGACAAAUCAUUAAAA